ACUUCUGAUUUUGUUUUUCUUGAGCGAGGAUCUAAACGAACCAACGAACUUUUCCCCCUCUCGCCGCUUCCAAUCAGGCGGAGAAACGCGAAUAGACAGAUGGAUUUGUUUCCGGCGGAGACGUCGCAGUUGCCGAAGAAGCACAGAUUCCGUUCGCUGAAGCUCGUCAACGUCGACAUGGACCAAAUCCUGGAGGAAAACCCCUACGGUGCCGACUAUGGCCGCCUCGACAAUGGCCUCUUCUACUACGUUCGCCGCAACUCCAAGCCGAAAAUGCGCGCUGCUCUGGCGCUCGCCGUCAAGGCCGGCUCAGUUUUGGAAGAGGAAGAGGAGAGGGGAGUGGCUCACAUAGUGGAACACCUGGCUUUCAGCGCUACUAAGAACUACACGAAUCACGAUAUCGUGAAGUUUCUGGAAAGCAUUGGAGCUGAGUUCGGUGCUUGUCAAAAUGCGGUCACGUCGGCGGACGAGACCGUCUACGAGCUGCUUGUGCCCGUGGAUAAGCCUGAGUUGUUGUCGCGAGCUAUCUCGGUAUUGGCCGAGUUCAGCACUGAGAUUAGGGUUUCGAAGGAGGACUUGGAGAAGGAGAGAGGAGCGGUGAUGGAGGAGUACAGAGGGAGCAGGAAUGCUAGUGGAAGAAUGCAGGAUGCACAUUGGAUGCUGAUGAUGGAAGGCUCAAAGUAUGCUGAGAGAUUGCCAAUUGGGUUAGAGAAGGUGAUUCGAUCAGCUUCCCCUGAUACCGUACGGGAAUUUUACACAAAGUGGUACCAUCUGCAAAAUAUGGCUGUUGUUGCUGUCGGGGACUUUUCUGAUACCAAGAGUGUUGUGGAGUUGAUAAAGACACAUUUUGGCCCAAAGUUUUCACGGUCUGAGCCUCCAGAGUUACCAAUAUUUGAAGUCCCAUCCCACGAGGAGCCACGAUUCUCAUGUUUUGUUGAAUCAGAGUCAGCUGGGUCUGCAGUGAUGAUUAGCUAUAAGAUGCCAGUUGAUGAACUGAAGACGGUGAAGGACUACAGGGAUAUGCUCACAGAGUACAUGUUUCUCUAUGCUCUAAACCAGAGAUUCUUUAAAUUGUCUCGUAGAAACGAUCCACCCUAUUUCUCAUGCUCAGCCGCCGCAGAUGCACUAGUUUGUCCAUUGAAGACUUGUAUAAUGACUUCUGCUUGCAAGGAGAAAGGCACAUUGGAUGCCCUAGAAUCAAUGCUACUUGAGGUUGCCCGGGUCCGUUUACAUGGAUUUUCAGAACGUGAAAUUUGUAUUGUUAGAGCUUUAAUGAUGGCAGAGAUCGAAUCUGCCUAUCUGGAGCGUGAUCAGAUGCAAUCAACCAACUUGAGAGACGAGUAUUUGCAACAUUUUCUUCGAGGUGAGCCAGUUGUUGGGAUUGAAUAUGAAGCUCAACUUCAGAAAACCAUCCUUCCUCAGAUAUCAGCAGUUGAAGUGUCAAAUUAUGCAGAGAAGUUACAGACAUCUUGCAGUUGUGUCAUAAAGACAGUAGAACCCUGGGCUUCUGCAACAGUUGAUGACCUGAAAAGUGUCGUACGAAAAAUCAAUAAGCUUGAGCUAGAACAACACAUAACUCCUUGGAAUGAAGAGAAUAUUCCUGAAGAAAUUGUCAGUGUGAAGCCAACUCCUGGGCAAGUCAUUAAUCAGUUUGAGUACUCAAAUAUUGGAGCUACGGAGCUCGUACUGUCCAAUGGGAUGCGAGUUUGCUACAAGUGUACAGAUUUCCUUGAUGACCAGAUUCUUUUUACAGGGUUCUCAUAUGGAGGCCUCUCUGAAAUUCCCGAAAGUGAUUACUUUUCAUGUUCAAUGGGAUCAACCAUUGCUGGUGAAAUCGGCGUGUUUGGUUACAGACCUCCAAUGUUAAUGGAUAUGCUUGCUGGUAAGAGAGUUGAAGUGAGUACAAAGCUUGGAGCAUACAUGAGAAGUUUCUCGGGUGAUUGUUCUCCUGCAGAUUUGGAAACUGCUCUGCAGCUUGUCUAUCAACUAUUUAUGACAACAUUAACACCGGGAGAAGAAGAUGUUAAAAUUGUCAUGCAAAUGGCAGAGGAAGCUGUUCGUGCUCAGGAGAGGGAUCCAUAUACCGCAUUUUCAGAUCGAGUGAAAGAGAUUAACUAUGGCAACUCCUACUUUUUCAGACCCAUAAAGUUAGGUGAACUACAAAAAGUUGAUCCACUGAAAGCUUGUGAAUAUUUUAACAAGUGUUUCAAGGAUCCCUCGUCUUUCACUGUUGCAAUUGUUGGGAAUCUUGACCCUUCUGUUGCAGUUCCUCUGAUUUUGCAGUAUCUGGGUGGUAUACCAAUGCCUCCACAACCAAUGCUCCACUAUAGCAGGGAUGACCUCAAAGGCUUGCCUUUCACAUUUCCAACUAGCAUAAUCAGGGAAGUGGUUCGGAGCCCCAUGGUGGAAGCACAAUGCUCUGUUCAGUUGAGCUUUCCUGUGGUGCUGAAGAAUGGAUCCUUGGUAGAAGAGGUACACUCUGUUGGCUUCUUGAGUAAGCUUCUCGAAACAAAAAUUUUGCAGGUUCUUCGUUUCAAGCACGGCCAGAUAUAUUCUGCUGGUGUCUCGGUGUUCCUUGGUGGUAAUAGACCUUCAAGAACCAGCGAUAUACGUGGUGACAUCAGCAUCAAUUUUUCUUGUGAUCCGGGAAGCUCCUCAAAGUUGGUGGAUCUUGCUUUGGAUGAAAUACUGCGCCUUCAAGAAGAAGGGCCCUUGGAUGAAGAUGUUUCGACAGUACUUGAGCUUGAGCAGAGGGCACAUGAAAAUGGAUUGCAGGAGAACUACUAUUGGCUGGAACGAAUUUUACGUAGCUACCAGUCAAGGAUAUAUACUGGUGACAUUGGUGCUUCUUUUGAGAUUCAAGAUGAAGGUCGUUGUAAAGUCCGAGAACUACUCGCGCCUUCAUCAGCACGAUCAACACUGCAGAGGAUUUUGCCCUACCCUUGCAAGAAGCAGUAUACAGCAGUGAUUCUGAUGCCCCAGACAUCUCGGUUUCAGUUGUUGAGGUCCUUAUUCCGGUCUACCACUCGUCCCAGUUAUUCCAGAGACGCCAAGAUCAUAGCCACCAUUGCUGGUCUGACUGUAUUAGGUGUGAGUUUCUGGAGAUAUUCGAGGAGCACCUUGAGAUCUUAAAACACAUCUGUUUUUCUUUCUACACUUCAGAUGAUUGAUAAAUACAGAUUAGUAGUAGCUAAUCUUGCUAAGGGAAUUAUAACUCUGGAAGAGGCAAGUAAGACAAGGCGGAUAUAAUACUCAAAUCAUCAACUGGUGAGCGAAGUAGGAAGAGAAGCAGCUGGCGGUAUUCAUCAUUUUGUAUAUACAUUUUGGUUGUGUACCGCCGUAGCAUAAUUACCUGGUUCAACUCUUCGAUUCUCCAUGUUACCUUCCCUUGUAUUACUGCUCUAUAACAAACCUAGUUAUUGUUUUCAUUAGGCCGUCUGAGUUGGUGCAUCUAUGUUGUUAAUCAGCUUCGGCUUCGCACUCUUGAGUGAAACUAUCAAUGUUUGCUAGACCUCGCCUCCAAUCGUUCGUAGCUGAACGACUUCUUUUGUAUUCUCGAUAAGAAAAUUAUAUUUAUACAGACUACCGAUAAUGCAAUGUCAGAC